AUGCCGGGGGGCCCGAGCGACUCCGCGCACGAGGCGGUGCGGGCAGCGGAGGCCUACUUCGAGGAGUGCGGGAUUCGCCGGCUCUUCACGGACCUACUGGUGCAGCUAGGCCAAGACCGGCCGAAGGAUGUGCUGGGCGCCAUCCGGGCGUACCUGGACGGCCUGGCGCGCGGCUGGGAUAAGGAGAAGGCGAGUGGGAAGGAGGCGGAGGAAGAGGAGGAGCAUGAUGCGGACGCCAGCCUCCUGGAGGUUGAUCCCCUGCGACUGCUGGCGGAGUAUCACUUUCCCGGCAAAGGCCCCCAUGUAGACCUAUCUGCGCGAACUGCCUGGGCCGGCGGCUUCAACCGCAGCCUUCUGGAGAGCUGGGUGCCCCAGCCCUCGCCCUGCUGCGGCUGCGCCUCUGCGGCCGGCGCCUUCAACGCCCUCUGGCGCAUCAAGCGGGACGCGUCCGACGCCUGCACCAUCCGCGAGGUGGCGGAGAUCAUGGCGGCACAGGUGGAGCAGCAACAACUGCAGAAGCAGCGGCGGCUGGAGCGGCUGCUGGGCGUGGCGGCGGGGGCCUUGGAGCCCUUCCUGGCGGCGCUGGACGCGAGGCUGGCGGAGCAGGGCCUCAGCUGGACGGGGCUCAAGGCGAAGGCGGUCACCAAGCAAAUCGCGAUGGCCAACGCCCGAGAGCUGCUGCGUUCCAGGACCAGAUCAGGGCCCAGGGAGGCAUUGGAUGCACCUGAGGAGGAGGCGGGCGGCGCGGGUGCGGAGCUGCCGCCGGUGGACGUCUUCGAGGCGCUGCGGGAGGUGCUGUGCCAAGAGCGCCAGGAGGAGGAGGAAGAGGAGGCGCCGGAGGAGGAGCUGGAGAACGUCGCGGCGACGUCAGUGGGAAGCACGAAGUGGGGGAAGGAGGUGUCCGAGCUCCUUGUCAAGCGGAAGGGCGUGCUCAGGCUCCGCGCUGAGCGGCCCAACACCUCGGAGGUGGGCAGCGGGGGCCUGAGAACGGCGCUGCUGCAGCUGGCGCAAGCGCGGGAGGAGCAGCUCAAGGUCUCGUGCCUCAUGGCCCGCAAGGGCUCCAUGGCGCAAACCGCGGCGCCGCUCACGAAGGCCGACGGCGCGGAGGCGGUGCACGCGCAGUGGGCGGCGCUGAAAGCCGCCUUCGGCCUGCCCGGCGGCGUCCUCCUCUUCCACCUGACGAACCACUACGCCCUGGUUUUUGCAUGGCGCGAGUGGCUGGAGGACGAGGCCGACCCCGCGGGCUCCGCGGGCUCCGCGGCGCUGCGGCGGCAGAUCCUGACGGCGCGGCGGGGCCAGCGGCCCAGCGCGUGGAUGGACUUCGAGGAGGUCCGGGAGAUCCUGCUGGGCUGGAAGGGCUACGCGCUGCUGCACGUCAAGCGUGCCUGA